CAGAAACAGAAAAGAAAAGCAGGAACGCCAAGCGAAAGGGUUCUCUCUUUCUCUCCUGCUGCUCCUGUUGUUCGCUUUCUUCCCUCCCUCGGGAGCCAGGAUUAGCAACAGCCCCAAAGGGCCUCCCUCGCAGUUCAGUUUACAGCGCUGGGAGUGCCUCAAGGGAGGAGGAGGAGGAGGAGGAAUCCUUCGCCCUCUCCCUCCCUCCCUCCUUACAUCUUUCUUUCCCCUUCAACCUGCGGCUGAGAGGCGCACCAAGGCUCUUCUUUCCCCUCCUCCUCUUCCUCCUCCUUUCCCCCUCUUCCCUCUUUCUUUCCUUCCCGACAUGGAUUUCUCCUGGAGGUUCAUCCUUCUGUCCUGGUUUUACCUGGAAGCUUCAGGGGACUUUGACGGAAGGUGGCCGAGGCAAAUUCUUUCCACGACUGGAUUGUGCCGAUUUGGAGGCAGAGUCGAUUGCUGCUGGGGCUGGGUUCGCCAUUCAUGGGGCCAGUGCCAACCUUUCUACAUCUUAAGGCAGAGAAUAGCCAGGAUAAGGUGCCAACCCAAAGCUGUAUGUCAGCCUGGAUGUAAACAUGGUGAAUGUGUUGGACCAAACAAAUGCAAGUGUCAUCCAGGAUACACUGGGAAAACAUGUAACCAAGCCGAACAUCUAUACGCAAGCUCAUAUGACUGGCCAAGUGAACCGCCUUUUUUCAGCCCUGUGGAACAUCAUGCAACAAAGUUUCCAUGGAGGGAUCUCAAUGAAUGUGGACUGAAACCAAGGCCAUGCAAACAUCGAUGCAUGAACACCUAUGGCAGCUACAAGUGUUACUGUCUAAAUGGAUAUAUGCUCAUGCCUGAUGGAUCUUGUUCUAAUGCUCUCACAUGUUCCAUGGCAAACUGUCAGUAUGGCUGCGAUGUAGUGAAGGGGGAGAUUCGAUGCCGCUGUCCAUCUCCAGGUUUACAACUGGCAUCUGACAGCAGAACCUGCAUAGAUGUUGAUGAAUGUGCCACCGGGAGAGUUACUUGUCCCCGAUUCAGAAAAUGUGUCAACACUUUUGGAAGUUAUAUUUGCAAGUGUCACAAAGGUUUCGAUCUGAUGUACAUUGGAGGGAAAUACCAGUGCCACGAUAUAGAUGAAUGCUCCCUUGGGCAAUAUCAGUGUGGCGGUUUUGCACAAUGUUACAACACACAGGGAUCUUACAAAUGUAAAUGUAAAGACGGAUACAGAGGUGAUGGAAUGAACUGCAUAACUUUCGCUGCUAUUGAAAAUGAGACGGGCUUUGGCUCAGUUGAGGCACAUGGCAGAAGUGAACAGGAUCCUUUUAAUGUGGUUCUCUCUGAGACGGCAUCUCAGAGGGAAAUGUGGGCUAUUCCCAAAGUCAUGAUUGAUCCAUCUGGUCCAUAUCACGUAUUUAAAGGCAACACAACCUUUCCUAAAGGCAGUGGUGGCAUGAAUAAUCGGAUACCUGACACUGGUAUUACAAGACAACCCAUCAAACCACCACAUAUACCAGCCGUAGCUACAGCAAAGCCUACUCCUAGGACAAUAAGGCCAACCCAAAGGCCAACUGUGAAGCCAACACAAAAAACAUUUACCAGGUUUGUAACAAAGCCUGCAACAACCAAACCAGCUUUGAAGCCAGUGACAAGGCCACCACCAGUGACAAGACCGCCACCAGUGACAAGACCUCCAACACCACCUCCACCUAAGCCUGUCACAACAAGAAUAUCAAAAGUUACGACUCAAGAACCACUACAUGAAACAACGAUCCAGCCAGGUUUUACAGCUGACAACAGCAUACCAAUAGAUCCCCAGAAACCACGUGGGGAUGUAUUCAUUCCUCGCCAGCCUGGAGUGAGCAAUAAUCUCUUCGACACAUUUGAAAUCGAAAGGGGGAUCAGUGCUGAUGAGGAUGAAGCAAAUGAUGAUCCAGCUAUCCUUGUUCACAGUUGUAACUUUGAUUAUGGUCUUUGUGGAUGGAUGAAGGAGAGAGAUGAUGAUUUACACUGGGAACCUGUUAAAGACGACUCAGGUGGGCAAUAUUUAUCUAUUUCUGAACCAAAAGGAAAAGCAGGACGAGUUGCCCGUUUGGUCCUUCCGCUUGGACGUUUAGCGCCAUCAGAAGAUCUUUGCCUUUCCUUCCGGCAUAAAGUGUCUGGGAUGCAUUCUGGUUUCCUUCAGGUCUUUGUACGAAAGACUGGCGUUCAUGGACCAGCCGUCUGGGGAAGAAACAGUGGUCAUGGUUGGAGACAAACACAAAUAACAUUGCAAGGGUCUGGUAUCAAAAGUGUUACUUUCAAAGGACAGAGAGGAAAAGGCCAAACUGGUGAAAUUGGAUUGGAUGAUGUGAACUUGAGGAAAGGCCCGUGCUCCCAAGACCACUAGUGAUACAGACAGACAGACUGACAAAGAGAACAUACUUUAUCGCCCAUGUCUCUUAGCCAGGACAGGUAUUGGGUGGAUUCAUUCUUCUCCCUUGUCUUUGUAAAACCCCAAAGGAUUGACAUCUAAAUUCUAAUUUCUGUCUGGAAAAAGCGAGUGCCAGCUUGCACUGAAGAUUGCAAGUAACUAUUAUCCAACUCAAAAAUGUGUGUGAUAAAGGCAUCCUGAAUUCUGAAUUAUGGACACAAAUAUCCUUUGUGAAGAACAAACUGUGACCAGACAUAAUCAACAGGAUCCUUUGGUAUGCAUAACAUUUUUAUAAUGGUCUUUUGUGUGUUUUGUUGUGUAUACAAUAUCAUGAAGCUGGUUCAGUUUCAUGAACACUCUGAACUGCGGUGGUUCUAUUGCUAUUAAAUUUAAACUAGCGUUUUUACAUAUGCAGACAUAUAUAUUUAAUAACAUUUAUUCUUUUUUCUCUUUAGAGACAAUUAUAGAAUAGGCACCGCAUCCCUUAAUAUUAGUAGUGCUGUGUUUUGUACAAAUAUGUAUGAAUACUAAUGUAUUUAUAUAUGGGUUUUUUUGUUGUUGAAAGAUUUAGUUGCAAGGUAAAAUGGCAGCUAUACAAAUCAAAGUUAGACUAAUAUAUACGUAUCCACACAAACAGUUACGGGAAAUUGCUCUUUUCCAAGUUUGUCAUUGCAGUAUUUUCUCUAAAAUAGCAAUUUUAGCAAUUUAUUUUAUAAAAAGUCUGAAGAGAACAUAUAAGCAACAAUGGCUUAUGGUGCAUCAACAGAGCUCUGUCAUCUUAAAUAUAUUUUCUGGAUCUGACCCCCAACCCAUUCAAACCUACCAUAUGAUCCUGACACCUCUGCCAAUUGAGGUUUUCUGAAAUGCAGGGGAGCAGGGUAACGAAUAAAGAAGUUUCCAGUUCUUUUCCAGCAUAAAGGCAUUUUGUGACAGCAAAACGCUUUGAGACACCCAAAUUGCUGUCACAAAGCUCCUCUUUGCUUGCUGCUGUAUUCCUUUUGACUUCAGAAAAACCUUCCUAGGAAUUCAGAAAACUAUCAGACUUAUGUAUUAGGUUUUAGGAUGGCACUUUCAGUCAUUGCACUGGAGCAAGACCAUAAAUGUGAAUUCCACAAGGUACAGGUUCAUAAGUCUACCUUAUGAUCUUGUUAAUAUUGAGCUGGAUAUUGAGCAGCCCAUAGUGGUCAGCUGGAUAUCCAGUUUCAUUAUUAAAGCCAUGGCAGGUUUGAAGUCUCUUUCUUUUUCUCAAAAGAAUUUGGCCAUCCUGAACAAAUGAUAUCAAUAAGCCAAAAAAUACCCUCCUAUUGAGAUGAGCACACACACACACACACAUUGUUGUGCCCACUGUCUCCUCUCGUCACUAUCAUAUUGAGAUGGACAAUCUUCAGGAGGAGAAUAAGACUAGGAGGUGAAUAUGCAUGGUCAAAUAUUGGUGAUCAUGCCAGGAUAUUGGAGCGAUGGUGAUGUAUCUGUUUUGUUUUUAUCGUGGAAGGAGCGACACAACUGACUCUCUCUUGUGAAGUACAUAUUUGUUUCUAAAAUUGAAUUUUGAAGUUCUGUAUUGUGUCUUCCAUUUUGGUUGGUAUUUCCGUGAUAGUGGACAGUUAGAGCUAUAUAGUAUUAAACACAAUACAAUGACAACAUUACAAUGUAAAAUUCUAGUCAAAGAGACAUGCAGAUGGCUUAAAAAAGAAGCACAUAACGGAAACAAGAUAUUAUUCGCCUGGCAUGAAAAUGAAUAGGUAAUAAACAAGAGUCCUCGAUGAGAUGAAUUUGCAAGGAGGACAUCAUUACCAAGGCAGCUGUGCCCCAUGUUGCAAUCUGCCUGCCUUCAUAUGGCAACAGCAUCUUUGAAAAAGAGCUUCAGAUGUAGGUUUCCUUGAGGAAACAGGCUGAUAACAGAAACAGACAAUUCAGUGUAUAUAAUCCAGAUGCUCAAAACAACCUUAAGUUUUUGCUUUGUAAACCAGGGAUGGUAAUUAUCCAGCCAAAGCAAGUUUCAUUGUAUGCUGAAGAUUGUAAUUAAUAAUUAUCCAGCUCAUGUAUGUCUAUGCUAAAGACAUUCUGAAUUAUGGAUUAUAAAUAUCCUUUAUGAAGAACAGACUGUGACUAGACAUCUUCAAGAGGAUCCUUUGAUAAGCAUAGCAUUUGUACAAUGGGGCUUCUCGGGCUUUGUGCUUCCAAUAUUCUCUCCCAUUUUUGGCAAAAAGGAUCAUGGGCCAGACUGAAGAUUUUCAGGAGUUACAAACUGUGGUAAAACAAGUUCCCUUCCUCAAGACUAUCACAGCAAAUCCAGAGAUCACAACUUGGACCAGGUUAUAUCUGUGAUUAUAAAUUGCCAUGGCACUUUGUGGGGACAACAACUCACCCUUCUGCUUUCCACGUGUAUGCCCCUCUUUGUAAAUUCAUAUGUAUUGUUCAUACUUUUUAUUCAUAUGUAGGUAGUUCAGUCAUUGGUACAGCAGAGUUGAUCAACCAUGGAAAUAAUACAAAUAAAAUCAGCCAGUUUGUGGUAGCAACAGAAUGCACUGAAAUUCAUUUCAGUGAUUGCACUCAUUUCUUUGAAUCAUCCUAUCAUGAAUUUCCUUGCUUCAGUUCUCAGACUAGUAGUAUUGAAUAAACCAUCUGUAUAGCUAACGGUUCUAGUAGAAUGGGAUAAAGUACUGUUCAUCCUGUUUUAUUUUUAUAGUCUGUAUUGUAAUCUUGAGACAACUGUGGAGUUCUUUAAAUUUUUGCUGUUGAAGCUAGUUGGACAGCUGAACAGCAAGCUUUUAUUUGUAAAAGAAACUUGCCUGUUCAACCAUGUAUGUAGUCACAUUAGCAGCAUUUGUGACCACUUUAACUGUUUUAUGUGAGGUUCUUAUGUGUACUUCAUGUACACAUAGAAUCACAGGGUUUCAGUCUAUAUUUUAGAAUUAUAAUAUUUAAAAUGCCAAUGAGACGUGUUUAAUUUCUUUAGUUGAUGUGCUAUUUGAAACAAACAGCCAAUACUUGUAAUGUAAUCAUUUGUUUGUACAGACCAAACAUUGCCUUUUUAUUUUAAGGAUGUUUUUAAAUGUAGCUGUAUUUGAAUGUUCUGUUAAUAUUACAAUUGCUGUGGCAAUACAAUCUUGAAAUGUAAAGUAUGGAUUAAAGGCAGUGGGCACAAUCAUGCAAAAGUUAGUCAUGACAAAUUUAUUGUAAACACAAUGAAAUGAGAUUGUUACAUAUAAUGUAAGGGGGACUCACAGAUUGAGAACCACUGGUUUAGUACAUUUUGUAAUUUGCUGAAUUGUUUUGCUUUUAUGCUAAGUGCUUUAGCUCAGUGAUAAAGGCUACAUACAUCUGGUCAAAGUCAAAGAAUAUAUUUCAGUCUUGCCUUCUAAUAGCAAGUACCUUGACAAGUCACUAUCUUUGAUUCUCAAAGGUCCAUCUGAAGACUUGUACCCAUCUUGUCUUUUGAGAUUUUGAAAAUAAUACUUUUAUCCAACCUUAAAAGUAGUUUAAAAGAAGUUUAUAGCAUGGAAGAGUGAAACACCUUUUUUUGCAAAGCCAACCAUGAAUAGUGGUGAGCUAUAGGAAGGCAAACCAGUCAUGUGGAUUGCCCUCUGCCUUAAAGCUAUCUGCCCGACAUCAACUGCAGUGCUGCAUCGUCUUGAGAAGCAAAUGAAAGAGUAAAAAGUAAACACCCUUAGAAUUGUAGAUAGCCAUUAUUUUUUUGGGAUUGUGGCAAAAUGUUUCCAAUUUUUUUCUUGAACUGUAGUGAAGUAUCGGCAGUAUUAAAAUGUGUGUAUAUAUAGUACACACAUGAGUUGGCUAGGAGCCCCCAGUGGUGCAAUGGGUUAAAUCCUUGUGCUGGCAGGACUGCUGACCUGAAGGUUGGGUUGCUGACCUGGAGGUUGCCAGUUCGAAUCCGGGGACAGCACAGAUCAGCUCCCUCUGUCAGCUCCAGCUCCCCAUGAGGGGACAUGAGAGAAGCCUCCCACAAGGAUGGCAAAACAUCAAAACAUCCGGGCAUCCACUGGGCAACAUCCUUGCAGAUAGUCAAUUAUCUCAUACGGGAAGUGACUUACAGUUUCUCAAGUCACUCCUGACACAAUAAAUAAAUAAACCAAGUUGGCUCUUUAUAUCCAUGGAUUCAACUAUACACAACGUGAACAGAUCAUCCCACACCCCUAACUCCAAAAAGGAAAUGUUGACUAUGUCAUAUUAUAUAUUAGGGACUCCCUUUUACAAUGCUGUUGUAUAUAUGGUAAUUGAGCAUGCACAGAUUUUGGUGUCUAUGAGGAACCAACCAUAGUGGAUAUUCACUUGAUUAAAUAAGACUGUUUCUAUAUAAUAGAUAGUGCAUCAGAUUACACUGGCCUCCCAGAUCAGUUCAGUUGAGGAACCAUGCAAUCAACUCAUCCAUUGAAAUGAAUGGGUUGUUAGCUCAUAUAAGGGGUUCAUGUAGUAGAGUCAGGACUGAGGCGGUAAUCUUUUAACAUAGACAUGACACACCAUAUGUAUUAUGGGUUGCUGUGAGUUUUCCGGGCUGUAUGGCCAUGUUCCAGAACCAUUCUCUCCUGACAUAUAUGCUUUAUUGCUUAUAAUGAGCAAAAGUUGCUUUCAGUAAAAGGUGAAAUCCCUCAAAAUAUGCAAGUUGCUAUUUCUAUUAGUCAUGAACAACAUUUUAUCAUCUUUUAAGAUGAUGUCAGUAUAAGUAACUUCUAGCAUGGGGGAGAACUGGAUGCAACUGCUUACCAUGCUUCUAGUGUAAUAAUAGCUAUAGCUAAUGAGGGAAGUCAUAUGUCUUUUUUGUGGUGAGAUGCAUGGGCACCAGAUGGAAGUACAGUGCAUUUUACCACACAUCUGAACAGCCGUAUUAUUUCCCUGUUGACUGUGAAAAGCAAUGUGAAGAGCAGAUGCUGAAGUAACACGAACAUCUUUCAUACAACAUCUGAGGCAGUCUUUAUUUAAACUGUCUUCUGUUGAGUUCUACUUCCCUAUAAAUUUCACUGACACCUUGAUUGUUCAAAUCAUUUUUCUCUAUUUGGCUUUGUGAAACCAUUUCCUUCUCUCUUUUAUUGGGCAACUCUUUGAGAUGUAUCCUUUAAGAUGUUUCACUGUGGUGCAGUUAUAAAGGGCAAGGACACUUAUAUUCUAAAACAGCCUUCAGAUGAUCAUAUCAGGAAACAUACACAAACCUAUAUGCACAAUUGCUUCUCAAGUUUUUGGUUAAGAUCAAGUAUAAUAUGCAAAAUGACAUCAAUCCAUCUUCUCUAUGUGGUCCAGAAAAAAAAGGUGUGUGUAAAUCAUGAUGAGGAUGUGUACACAAGAGCGUGCCGAUUGAACAAGAAUGCCAGGGAUAUAUUUUAUCACUACUUCACAAGGAGGACAAGAAUGUUCUUCCAGAUCCAUAAAAGGCAGUGUAUGUAAACAUGCUCAUGUGGACUCACGUGUAUACAUCUUUCAGAAAUAUACUAUAUUAGAGUAUUUAAGAAGUGGAUAGAAUUUGACAUUCAGCUAUAUGAAGUAUAUGUCACUCUGUCAUAUAUUCAGUCUCAAAUACACAAUACAUACUAGUACUUGCUCUUUUUCGGUGCUAAGACUCCUAUAUAUUAUAUUAAAUUCAAACAAAACACAUUAUUAAAAGUACUGUGGAGUAUCUUACCAGGUAAUUGAAUAUGGUUUGUAUAAAGUGUUCAACUGACUCCCUCCCCCAACUGACUCAAAAUAAAGAUAUCUUUAUAAAUAUA